AUGAGUGAAUCGGCUAGCAAAUCUGACAAGAAAAGUGAUGAAUGUUACAAGUGAGUUCUGAAAAAACCGAAUUUUCCUGAUAUAAAUCGUUGUUUUCAGCGCAACCGCUAUAACAAGUAACGCCGAAUCGCUAGAAUUCGGCAGAACUUGUCAAUCAUGCGCCGCUGGAAUUGCUGCUGGUAUUCUAGGCUUAACCGGUUUCAACGGCUUCAUUUUAUUCUUCCUAUCCGUCGGCGUUCAAGCACUUUUCUGGAAUAUUAAGGCGCAAGGAAAUUGGCUCAAUUAUUUCCCGGAACGGAACAGUUUCACCUGGUCAAUUGGAAAUGGACUCUUCACAUUUGUUCUUCUCUGGGUUUUUUUCUACGGGAUGGUUCAUGUAUAUUAA